CUCCGUCUUCUCUCGACUCUUAGGUGGUGUGUCCGUGGUCCGCGUCUUCUCUUGACCAGGUUGUUCUCGUAUAUACGCGUGCUUUCCCGAUUCAAGCGCAUCGGGCCGUGGCACCUCUAUACUAUCCUCAUCAUCGCAUUAUUUCUGGGCGUUAAUGUCUAUCUAACAUUCUUUAACGGCUUGUUUAAGCCGGUCUUCGUCGAAGAGGCGAGCAUCCGGGCCGCGAACCUCUCGCUAAUCAACCUUGUGCCUGUUAUUGCGGGGCCGAGCCAGAGCUUUCUAGCCUCUACGUUUUUCGGCGUCUCCCUCAAGACCUUUCAGAAAGUCCACCGCUCCCUGGCGGUCGUCUCCACGCUUCUAUUACUCGUCCAUGUCAUCGCUGCGAUCGUGGCGCGGCGAGGAUUUUCGCUGCAGGUAGUGAGGAACGUGUGGACUCUGGCUGCCGUGGUAUGGCUGGUGGCUCUGAUAUUCUUAUCCCUUCCAUGGCUCCGGGGACCAUACGAGCUGUUCGCCCGCACGCACCAAUUGCUGUCAGUCGCCCUGCCAUUUCUGAUCUGGCAACAUUUAACCCCUGAGGUAAACGUCUACUUCUUCAUUUUCUUGGGAUCGUUCCCCCUCAUGCUACUAGCCCAGCUAGGCAACGUGUUCUAUAGAAACGCUAUUGUGCUUCGUACAAGAAAGAGUGAGCAUACAAAUGCCGUCGAGGAGUCGAAAAUUAACCGUGAUAUUAUCCAAAUAGAGCUAGCCCUUCCGCGCCCUAUACGAAUUCAAGAGGGACAGUACAUUGGCCUAUGGAUCCCUGCCGUCAGUAGGUUGUCGUUCCUCCAGGUCCACCCCUUUAUGGUUACGUCGUGGUCGGAUGGGUGUUCCAACCGAUUAAGUGUUCUGGUGGACCCUCGUCGCGGCUGGACCAAGAAAUUACUCCGCUAUACGAGACUCAAACCCAAUGGCGAGCCCUGCCGAGCUCUGUUCACAGGGCCAUACGGACUUAGCGUGCCUACCCGCAAAUACGGAAUCGUACUCCUAGUGGCCGCCGGUCUCGGCAUAGUGUCACAUAUACCUUACCUGAAGCGGCUUAUACACGAUUACAACGCACGCCGGACACAGACGCGCCGAAUCUGCCUCGUGUGGCUAGUGAAAACUCUCGACUUGCCAUACCUCUUCCAGGACAUGUUGAACGAAGCCCUAGCCGAAGAUGCGUUGGACGACGGUCGGAUACUGGGUAUCACUAUCUACGUCGAAUCGGGCGGCGCAGAGCAUCGGUUCGGCAAACGUACUAUAGUGCACAGCGGCUUUCCUAACUUAGAAGCAAUCUUCAAGAACGAGAGAACCGAGGAAAACAUCAAGAGGGCACAGAAAGAAGAAGAUGCCAAAGAAGAAAUGCUGGUCUUAGUAUCGGCGACCGAAGGUCUGCGAGUUGAGCUGCGGAAGAUCUCUCAACGAUACGUACGUGAUGGGGUUGACGUCGUUGAGCUAGAAUAUCAGCCAGACUCGGAU